AUGCUUUCUGCGAGCCCGAGCGAGGCGCCCAGCACGGCCGGGCUUCCUUUGCAUUCGGGGGCCGACGUCCACAAGAUCCCGCAGAUUCUGCCACGAGAGCGUGUCUUUCCCAUCCAGAUUGGCGGCGAGCUGUUCAAGCUGUCUGGCGCAUCUCUGUCCUCCGAUGCGCCGUCCUACUUCUCGCAAUACUUCCUCUGCCAGAUCAGAGUAGCAGAGCAGAAAGGCGAAGACCCUUCGAGCUCGAUACGGACGUUGUACAUCGAUCGCGAUCCCAAGACGUUUCGAGACAUCGCGCUGCAUCUACAAGGAUAUCAUGUGAAGCCGCGGGAUGGGACGCACUUUGUGCGUUUAUUUGCGGACGCCCAAUUCUACAACCUUCCCAAGCUCAUCUCUCAGCUUAACGAGGAGAGCAUCUUCAUGUCCAUCGGCCACCGAGAAUUCCAGAUUCCUCGCGACGUCCUCAACGAUCCUGCCAAUUCCCCAAACUACUUCUCUCUCGGCUUCGCUCUCUUCUUCUCCCAACCAAACGACCUCUUCCCCGGCCUCGAUCGUGAAGGGUUGAUACGUCCACCCUCUAUACUUCCUCCUUCGGUACCUAAUCGCAACGCUGAUACCUUCGCCGAGCUGCUGCGUUUGUUGCGCGGGUAUCCAGUCAGUAUCCGCGACGAGAAUCAUCGCCAGGAGCUCCUUCGCGACGCUCGAUAUUUCCACUUUAAAGGCAUUGAACAGCAGCUUGUUCCCCACUCCAUCAGCUAUAACCCCUUGCGCCAAAUCGAAGAGAUCGUCCUGCGGUUGGAGAAUGUGCAAAAGAGUGGCGUCAGUAUUUCAGCUGAGGAGUCCGAUGGAACAUCGCGCUCCUCUAUCAGGCAUGUUAAGUAUGCGCGCCCAUAUGUCGACAAUAAGCCGGCCGAGUUGAUACUGGAGAUUGGAGGAACCACAAGCAAAUUCAUCUUCUCAGCAGGGGGGGCCAGGGCCGAGUUCUUUGGGGGCACAAAGGCUAGGGUGGCGAGACUGCUGGAAGUUGUUGCGACAAAGCUCAACCUACCUCCGACCACACAGCCGCUGGGCCUCCUUAUGGCCGCAGGAGGCGCCAGUUCACAACCAGCCACGCCAGGCAAUACUCCCCUCAGCGAGGAUCUCGUCCGAGUUGUCUUUGAAGCGGAGUCUUCAAUCAUCCUCAACGGCGAAGACUAUGAGGGAGACCUUAGUCGAUACGAUGCCGAAGAGGCUACUCCUGCCAUCACCCCCGAUGCCGAGACGCCUGUAAACCCCAGGAAGCGCCGCCGGACAGGUGAAAGUAUCGAUAUCGGCAUUUUUAAUGAGGGCCAGGAAUGGGCCGUCAAGACGGGCCAGUUCAGGCUACGUAUCCAAGAGAGCAAGGGCGGCAAAAGCUCUGUCGAGUGCGUUUUUGUAGCGGUCAAGAUCGAUGCCGUGAGCUCGGAAAGGGGUAGGAAUAAGACAAGAAAGUUUCUUAGCGAUUGA